AUGUCUAUUGCAGGUCGCUAUCGACACAUAAUCAAGCUGGGUGAAGGAACUUAUGGGGCAGUUUACCAGGCGACAGAGCGCGAUACUGGUCGUAUAAUUGCAUUCAAACGUAUGUUGUCGUCUAGCGAUGACGAAGGGGUACCCGGUACUGCCAUACGCGAAAUUUGCCUUCUUAAGGAGCUAAAACAUGAUAAUAUUGUUAGCAUGUAUGAAGUGCUCUUCGAACAACCUAAAAUCACGCUCAUUUUCGAGCUCUGCGAUUGUGAUCUAAAGAAAUUCCUCGAUGAUAAAGAGAACGGUCGAAUGGACCCACAGACUGAGGUAUGUCCGGUGUUGAAGCAGAUGUUUCUUGGACUUCAGUACCUGCACAGCCGCGGUGUCGUUCAUCGUGACCUGAAACCGCAGAACAUUUUCCUGAACAUUCGGCUCCGUCGCCGUCUUUGCUCGGCGAAGAGCGACUCCGGUGGGGCGGCGUCCCACGGCGGCCGUCCCCGCGACGCCGCCAGAGUGGACGGCACGGCGGAGGCCACCCGCGGUGUCCCACCGCUUGCGGCUCUUGGGGAGCCUGUCAAAGCGGGAAAAGGCCGCGACGAGUGCGGUGUAAAGGCUGGCGCAUCUGUAGAUCACAGGGACGCUGGAGGUGGCGGGGGUAGUGCGCAUCACUUGAGCAUAAAACUUGGGGACUUUGGACUUGCGCGAGUGGAUAGCAUCCCAGUGAAGAAGUACUCCCAUGAUGUGGUAACGCUGUGGUAUCGCAGUCCGGAUGCUGUGAUGGGCUCUGCGCUUUAUUCUUUUCCAGUAGACAUAUGGUCGAUGGGGGCGAUUUUCUUUGAAAUAGUGACCGGCAAGGUACUUUUUUGCGGGCGAAAUGAGGAGGAACAGCUUUUUCGGAUGUUUUUCCUUUUAGGCUCUCCUACGCAUGAGUCAUGGUCAUCCAUGCUCACAUACCCGAAGGUACGCAGUCGGCUGGAGAGUGUCACGGCGUUGGCAACUCAACUCCACCAUGCUGCCAACGCGGAUGAUAGCAAGAACAAUAGGGAUAGCCAUAGUCAUUCUUCACAUAAUCGUAGUUGUAGUCAGGAUUUUUUUUUUGAAUUUUUUAAAAGACACUUGAUAGAAAGCACGGCGAAUGAUCGUUGUUCUCACGACUCCAUUGCUUGUACUGACCACUCCCACAGCGCAGGCUUUUUUGCGCAUCCGAAGGUCAAUUCCUACCAGCUCCCUGCUGAGCUAUGGUUUCCAAAUCCAAUGUUGGAUGUGUUUCUAGCAGAAACAGGUUUUAGGGAUGCUGUUGGCGACGAUGGGGUUGAUCUUCUGCGGCGCACUCUCGAGUACGAGCCAUCAUGCCGAAUAACCUGCGAUGACGCACUACAGCAUCCUUUCCUCGCGAAUGUGCAUUUGUCAUCGGCGGGUAUCUUGGAGCAACUGGAAAGGGACCUUGAGAACUCACUUAAAGCCUCAGGCCUAUAA